GAUGAACUUCGUAGACCUAUAGACCACUAUAUUUUGUGACUGCAUACUGGAUGUAAAUUUGUUUUUACUGCAGCUCCUGAGGUUAUACUUUUUUUGGUAUUUGUACGUCACAUAGCCAGAUUACGAUGAGUUUCUCUGGAAAGCAGUGACAUGUGGUGAAGGUUUCUUGCAGGUGUGAGGCGAACCAAACAUGCAGCUUCAAUUGUGCAACAGUUGAUGACUUUUGGUCCAGAUUCAAACCUGAGUUCAGAUACAGUCCAGUACCAAACUGAAGGAGAAAGACGCAUCUACAAUUUGGACACAACUCAAGAGAUUUGACACCUAGAGCUACAAAGUGUCUGCUUUCUGACCUCUAGCUCACCUCAGUCACGUCCUGGAACCUCAGUAGUCCUCAGUCAGACGCUGACAGAAAGUGAUGCUGAUGCUGCUGUCAGAGUGACUACUGGAAAGCAGAUAAGUACCAUUUUCUACAACCUCCUCUGCUUUUCCUUCACCUCCCUCUUUCACCCUCCCUCUCCUUCAUCCUCAUCUUCUCUGUGGUUUAUCUCGACUUUCAUGUCCCUCUCUGGCAACUUUCCUCUCACAUCUAUUACUUUCUUCUUUUAUCUCCCCAAAGCACCCGUCCACUUUCAGCUCCAUCUCUUCAACCUUCAUCUUAGCUGUCCACCUUUAUAUUGCAAUAUUCUUCGCCGCUCCGCCUUUUUUAGUUUUGGGGUCUCUCCAUUCUAUUUUCUUGAACACCUCUGAUCUGCCUGAAAUUUCUUCAGCAAACUAAGAAAAUGGUAUGUGAAAAAUUCUAUAUUUAGCAUGAGAAUUUGUACCAAAUAUUGCUGGAUAGCCUAAUGUAAGCAGAACAGAAUUUUGGAAUCUCAAAAUAUUUUUGCAAUCUUUACUUUUCCCCUUUUUUUAUUUUAGAAUCUUUACUUUUCUCUUUCUCCUCCUUUUGUUUUCGGAACCUUUACUUUUCCUCUAGACACUAUUUUUUUUUAAAUUCUAUAAUCUUUACUUUCCCUCUUAACCCUUUUUAUUUCAUAAUCUUUACUUUUCCUUUCACCCUCUUAUUUUCUAAAUCUUCAUGUUUCCUUUUGACCCUUUUAUAUUUUUUCAUCUUCAUCUUCCAACUUGAAACUUUUUUUAAGAAAAAAAUUGAUCUUUACUUUUCCUCUUGAUCCAACUUUUUCAUUUUAUAAUCUUUACUUUCUCUCUUCACUCUGUUUUAUAAUCCUUACAUUUUCUCUUCACCUUUUUUCUUUCAUCAUCUUUAUUAUUCGUCUUAACUUUUUUUUAUUACAUAAUCUUUAUUUUUCCUCUUGACCCUUCAUUUUAUAAAGUUUACUUUCCCUCUUCACCCAUGUCUUCACCCUUUUAUUUUGUAAGCUUUACUUUCCCACUGCCCUUUUUCUUUCAAAAUCUUUGAUAUACCUCUUCACCCUCUUUCUUAUAACUUUACUUGUCCUCUUUACCCUCUUUUAUUUUAUAAUUUUCAUUUUUCUUCUUGACCCUUUCUUGUUUUCUAAUCUUUACUUUCCCACUUUACCCUUCUUCAGUUAUUGUAUAUUCUUGACUUUUCACACCUGUUUUAUUACCUAUACUUCCCCACUUUCUUUUUUCUGUUUUAUCUUCACUAUCUAACUUCACUCUCUUAUUUGAUAAGCUUUACUAUUCUUCACCUUUUUUAUUUUAUAAUCUUUAAUUUUCCUCUUGACUCAUCUUUUUCAGUUCAUAAUCUUUACUAUUCCUUUUCACACUGUUAUUUUUGACUCUUCUAAUUUUCACCCUUUUUAUUUUAGUCUUUUCUUUUUCUCUUUACCCCUUUCAUUUAUUUUUACUUUUCCCCUUCACCUUUCAUAUUCACAAUUCAUAUUCUUUACCAUCCCUCUUCUCCCUCCUUUACUUUAUCUCCACUAUUCCACUUCUUCUCCUUUUAUUUUUUAUUCUUAACUUUCCUUCUGACAUUUUUUAUUUAAUAAUCUUUCUGAUCCCUCUUCAUGAUCUUUUAUUUUGUAGUCUUUACUUUCCUUGCUCCUCUUUUUUAUUUUAGAAUCUUGACAUUUCACUCCUUUUUUAUUAUCUACACUUUCCCUGUUAAUCCCUUUUUUGUUUUAGAAACUUUACUAUUCCUCUUCCCUAUCUUUAUAAUCAUUACUAUCCUUCUUCACCCUUUUUUUGCUACACUUUCCCUUUUCACUCUUUUUUUAUUUUAGAAUCUUUACUUCCUUGCCCUUUUUAAAAAUUUAUACUCUUUACUAUUGCUUUUCAUUGUCUUUUAUAAUCUUCACUAUUUCAUUUCUCCUUUAAUUCUCAUCUGUACUUUUUCUCUUGAUCCUUCAUUUUGUAACCUUUAGUUUCCCUCUUCACUCUUUUUUUAUCUUUACUUUUGUUCUCCAUCCUCUUUUCUGUCAUAAUCUUAACUAUCCCUCUUCACCCCCCUUAAUUUUGUAACUUAACUCUUCCUCCUCGCCCUCUUUUAUUUUCUAAUCUUUACUUCCCAGGGUUUAAUUUGAGAUCUAACUCUGAAAUGCCACCAUUUAGGAGUGGAAAUUAGUUUGUGGUACACCAAAGUGGCAUUCAGAAAAUUCAGCUGCAGCAUGUCUUUUCCACAAACAGCGAGACAAUCCAACCAACAUACCGUGUACACCUUGAACUGCAAGUACAGAGAUGGUCCCUAGUUUCUACCUAUCGUGAAUAUGCUUGUAGUGUUUUCACGCCAGGACAGUAGGUGGCUGUAUGAGCCACUGCAAGCUGCUUUCAUCUGCUCCAACAUAAUUUGCGGAAGUAAACAAAGUCUUGAACGCAACUUUUGUCAUCGUGUUUUCAAUCAGAAUUAUUCGGUUUUAGUGUCUCAGUAUGAAUCCAGUGAUGUAUCCGGUGCAAAGUGUGCGUAAGUUUGUCUGCGAUCGUCUCACAGAAGCCGCUCAGGAAAUCCUGGGAGUCUUUGAGCAGAGAGUCGAAGGUUACCAGGCAGAACUCGCUCGGCAGCGCAGACUUUUGGACUCCGUGUUUCUGCCUGAAAUAAAGUUACAACGCGCAGAUCUUCCCCAGAUAUCUCCCGGUGAGAACAGACAGAUUCACCAGAACCAGAUUAAAGAUGAACAUGAGGAAAUAUCCAUCAGUGAGCAACAGCAGCAGAAGACUGGCCGUUCUAAGUCGACUCCAGCUUCUGGUCCAAGUGUCUGCGGUGAUCGGUCCCACCAUUCAGACUCCGACCAAACGCGGAGUGCAGCGAAUAAAGAUCCCCAAACCAACAUCUCAGACAAAUCUGGAUCUGACGGGGAGAGUUCUGUAGAAAAACAGCUCUCCUCUCAAUACUCACAUGAAGCUGAGAGCCUUGGAAGCGCAACCCCAACAAGACAUAAUGAGUUUGCGCCAGAUCCGGAAAGCUACGACGAGAACACAGCAUCAACUGUGAAUAAUGAGCAGUCGCCAGAUAAGAGAAGCAAUGAAGAGGACACAACAUUAGCUACAAAUAAUGAGCAGUCAUCAGAUAAGCAAAGCGAUGGAGAGAACAUGAAGUUAACUACAAGCGCUGAGGAAAGCUUAAAUAAUAAUGAAGCACACGCAACAUCAACCAGUACUAAGGAGGUAACAAUGAUUGAGAAAUCCAACAGUGAGACGACAGAAUCAGCUGCAAGUACUAAGCCAGGACCAAAUAAGAGAAGCAAAAAGACGACAACAGCAACUAGAAGCUCCCGUCGAACGUCUAAUAAGAAGCAGGGUGAUGAGAAUCCUCCAGCAAAUGUGAAAAGUGAGUCGACACCAAACAUGAAAAGCCAGGAUGGGAGAUCAGCCUCAGCUGGGAGUGAGAAAAGCGACAAUAACAGCCUAGCACCAACAAGAAGCACUAAACUAACGCCAAACAAGAAACCUGACCCAAAAAAGAACAGUGAUAGUGAUCAGAAAUCAUCAAAUACAAGUGCUAAUCCAUCAACAAAAAGGAAACCCAGCAACAGAAAAUCAGCAUCAAGUAGAAGUACCACAAGAACAGCAAGCAAGAACCACACUAAUGAGAGCACAAGAUCAAAUGGAGAUACUCAGCCUGAUGCUAAAUGUCAUGAUGACACAACAACUGCAAGUACUGAGCCAAAGAGAAAUAAGAAAACAAAUGAGAAGACAGAAACCAAUGGAGGCACGGAUCAGACAGCAAAUAGGAAACCCAGUGAGGGGAACGUGAUAUCAACUUCAAGCACUAAACCAGCACAAAGUAAGAAACGCAGUGAUGUGAACGCAACCUCUGCUGGAAACAAUGAGCCAACGCAAAAUCAGAAUGGUAAUGGUGAGAACACAUCAGCCGCUGAAAGUACUGAAUCAACACCGAAUAAGAAACGGAGAACAACAUCAACUCGAAGCGAUGAGGGAGCAACAAAAAAGAAAACUAACAGUGAAACCAAAGUGUCAAAAACAGGUAGAGAGGCGUCACUACUACAAAACAAGGAAGGUGCAACGUCAUGCAGUGAUUCAGCACAAAAGAAGAUACACCAGGAUGAGAGUAUCGCAUCAAGUAUGGACGGGAAUGCAGCUGGAAAAGCCAAGAACCAUGACAAUCCCUACAAGUGCGACAUCUGCGGUAAAGUGAAGAGCAAUUUCAAAAACUACAAAUUUCACAUGAAAUCUCACACCGUCGAAAAGACUUUCAAGUGCCACAUUUGUGGGAAAAAAUUCAGAGAGAGCUGGUAUUUGAGUAAUCAUAUAGAAACUCACUCUGCUGAGAGGCCUUUCCCAUGCGACGUUUGCGGAAAGAGAUUCCUCCGCCGUUACAACCUGGACCUCCAUCUUAGGGUUCACACCGGGGAGAGACCGUUCAAAUGCAACCACUGUGGGAAAAGCUUCAGCUCUCCCGUGAAUUUGAAGAAGCACAUCAGAAUCCACACAGGUGAGAGACCUUACAGAUGCAGCGACUGCGGGAAAAGCUUCAGAGAUUGUACCUCCUUCAAAAAUCACCGUCGAGUGCACACGGGGGAAAAGCCCUAUAAGUGUACGUACUGCAAGAAAAAAUUCGCUACAGGGACGACUUUGAAGAUUCACAUCAGGACACACACGGGUGAAAAACCAUACAAGUGUGAUGUGUGCAAUAAGAGGUUUGGUCACAAAACAGAUCUGAAAGAGCACACGAGGUUGCAUACUGGGGAAAAGCCUUAUGAAUGCAAGAGUUGUGAGGAAAAGUUCUCCACAUGGUUAAAACUCCACAAACAUAAGCGUGUCCACACAACUGAUGGACAAAGCUCCCCUAAAUAACAUUUCUAUAUCCUGCUAACGAUAAAAGUUGACGACUCAGUCACAAGUGAUGCAUCUUGAGGUAGUUCAUGGGUCAUCACACAACUCAAAAGUAAAGUUUUCUUUUUUUGCCUUGAAUUUCGACUUAAUGCCAGUUUUGGGGUUUGUUGUUAUUUGUUUUCUUUGCAUAUUUACUGUAUUUUUCAGCUGGAUUUGGUCUUAAAGGUUGAAAAAAAAACUGCUGCAAGUGAAAAGUUGAACAUCACUCCAGGAAGGUUGGUUUGGGUAACUUAUAUAUGAUUUUUCAAAACUUAAGAAGUACCAAAACACUCCACAGCAGUUUAGUAGCAAACUGACAAUCGUUUUAUUGAGAAUUGUGACAUAGCUACUGUAGAUUUACAUUUUUCUUUGUACCAAUCAGGAAUAUGAUAAUGUAUUUGACUGGCCACUGUAGCUCUUUUUUUCCUGUUUUUUUGUUUGUUUGUUUGUUAUUUUGUAUGGUUUUGAAUUGCAUUUUUUUGGGGCUGAGCUGCACUUUUGCACACUUUUGCAAGCCGAGAACAGUGCCUGAAAGUUUGUGAAUUUUUUAGAUUGCCACCUUAAGAUGACCUAAAGCAUUUUAAUACAAGUGCUAACAGUAGCUAUAGAAACCCCAAUAAUGACAUAAUAAUACUGCAGUAUAUUUUGCCAUUUUUUUUUUUGUUUUGUUUGUUGUUUUUUUCAUACAUAUCUGAGUUCACAAACUGUCAGGCUGAGCGGUAUUUUGUAUGUGAGAAAAUGCAAGUCUUAGAGAGACUUAAUUAUAAGCAAAUGCUGACGUCCAUCUAUAACUAAAUGUAUUCUGGUGUUUACCAAACCUCUUAGAUGUCAUUUUCUAAGAUUUACUCAGGAAUAAAGUCUUAACUUCUUACUAAUGAGCUUAUGUAAAAAAAUCAAGUGAUUUUUUUAAUGUACAAUAUUUCAAAGCAAUAAAAAUGUAAAUGAUUUAAUUUACUACUGUAUGAUAAAAUAAUGUGUCUGUUGUACGUUUUUACACAACUAUAGGUGCCUUCUCUGAAUUAACUAUAUCCAGUUAGGGUAAACAAGACCUGCUAUCUUUUGAUUUUCAUACAAUUUUCUGUUAUUUAUCAAAAAAUACACCGAUUUUGGCACAAAACUAAAUGUUUCUAUUUAGAUAAGUGAAUAAACUGAAGUAUCGAGACAGACUGACAGCAAACACACUGUUAAAGACCCAGUCUGUACGAAUUAGGGAUCUGUCAACGGAAAUGAAACAUUGCUAGUAUUUCUAAUUAUGGUUUCUAUGAGUCAUGUUUUCAUUAGCUCAUAAUGAACGCUUAUCUAUUUAGGCAGCAGCUCCUGUUUCACCGCGCUGCAGCAUCAUGUUUCUACAAUAUCUCAGAGUGAAAUAUGAUUAUUAUGAAAAAUGUGUAUUUUUUUUUCAACAGCUUCUUCAUUUUUGUAAUUCCUAGCAUACAGAGGAAAUGGAUCCUCAUUUUCAAGUUCACUGAUUCCUGCAGAACCAUUACAUCUGAUGUGACCAAUAAUUGGAAUACAGUCAUCACAUAAUCACAACCAUUAUUAUAUAAUCAGAAGCCCAAUAAAUUUUGACCUUCAGGACGAUUCUUAGAGAUUUUUUGCUUUGGCUUUCUCGAAUGCACAAGCUGUACCUGUCUGAGCUGUGGUUCACCUGUCUUUACACAGACCUCUGAUUUACAAGCACGUACUAUAUAUAUAUUGACAUGCCUGAAAGGAAAUUAAUUUCAGUCAUUGUGGAGAUGGCUCUUUCAUCUUCUUCAAAUUAAAGCACUCUCCAGUA